GAAAGCCAGUGGUAUCUACGAGGAGUACCUGGCUUACCGGGAUCGCUACCAGGAAUGGCGCAAGGGAGGUGCUCUAGGAGCUCAAGGUGAGCUCACGGCAGAGGCGCUGGAGCAGCAGUCGGUGGUGGACCGCGGUGAUCCGUAUCGCUUCGAAUACUGGUAUCCUACGGCCUCCAUCUUUCGCAUGCGCUUCACCUUGGCCUACUGGAUUUCCGUGAUGUUCCUCCUGGGCUCGAUCUUCUUCUGCUUGGGCUCCGCCAACAAGCUGUUGGAAGCUUACGGCGGAAGACUCGUCCAGGUGUGGCCAAACCUCCUGGGUGGCGUUGCCUACACCGUAGGCUGCUACCUCUCCUACGUGCAGCUGAUCAACAUGCCGACGAGGAAGGCCGAGUCGCUGAGGUUGCUGUGCGCCGAUUGGAACAAGGUGUCGGAGCGGGUGGAUGUGCCUUCGACGAUCGGAACUGUUGCCUUCUUGGCUGGGGCGAUCCUCUUUCAAAUCGCUUGCGUGGCCGAUUUCGCGGAUGUUCCGACGAAUGCUGAUCUCUGGAUUGGUGUGCCAAACUUCGUCGGGAGCCUGCUCUUCACCGUUGGCGGCGUUUGUGAGAUCCUUCUCAACAGAGGCUUGGCGGCAAAGCGGGCCGCUAGAACCGGGGGCGACAGCAAUGCCGGAGAUGAUAUUGCCUGGCUUGCGUCCUGGUUCACCCUCGUUGGCUCGGUUUGCUUCGUCGCGAGUGCCGGCAGUGCGCUCUACGCGCCCCACUGGCACCACACCCUGCUCAUCGUACCUAUGGGCUACUUCAUGGGCGCUCUGCUCUUUGGGAUCACGGCGAUCUUGCUGCUGCUCCUCUGGGAGGCCAACGACUUCGGCCUGACAUUGCUGAACCAGCUGAACCACGCCAUCCGUGCCGAAUCUGUGACUGCCCAGGCGCGGCAGUACCAAGGGCCAAAGAGCCGCCGUUCAGCUGGGGAGCAGACAAAAGACUCGCCGAAGAUGUCCGUUCGUGAUGUCACCUUCAUCGCCAUUUACUGCUGGUUCAUUGCUACGGCCCUGGUGGCCUGCGUCGUGAAGGACCAAUGGUACAAGCAAGGCUUCUAUCGCAGUGGCCUCCUUCUGUGGACAGGACUGGGAAUGCAAGUCUUCGUUGUGAUUGUGGCCGCGCUCCCGGUGUUCAACCGAAGCCCAUAG